CUGCAUAAACUAACUACAGGGAGUCUCCAGUUAUUGCCAGCCCACACUCCCUACCUUUUCCUUCAUCGAUUCCCAUUCCCUCUUCUCCGCCCGCCAUUGAAUUUCUUACGUCGCAGGAGCAGGAGCACAAUCGAGCCACUCGUCUUCCUCCCCCGCGGUCCGCAGUGGUCGCCUACUUCCUUCCUUGGUCUUGCUCCUGUCCAGGCUCGGGAUCGGGAUCGUUCGUGGUUAGCCAGAUCCGGUGAGGUCAACGCCAUCCAGAUGCAGGUGCUUGCGGCCGUCCCCUCGUCGUAGCUCCGCCAUCCCCUCACCGGAGCCACCACCGCGCCGUCCGACGAAUCACCAUUCGUCUUUGAGUAGGAACAUCAGGUAUUCAGCUACUAGCUAGAAAUGGGGGCUGAACGCCGACCGCUCUGUCUAUGCACUCGUCUGCCCUUCUCUGACUGACUCUGCAAUCCUGCCUCUCUGCAAGAGCUCAAGUGUCAACACCUACUGCUGGAGAUCUCCAACACCUAGUGAUCUCAAACACAUUUGUCAGCAGGGGGUGUGAGGAUGAAUGCGGCCAUCAGUGCGGCCUUGUCGGUGGUAGGCAAGGCGCUGGCCCCUGUUUCGGAUGGCUUGUUGGAGAACUGGGCGGCCAGCAACAGUCUUGGCCCCAACAUCAGCGCCCUCAAGGGGGAGCUGCUGCGUGCGCAGGGGAUACUCUACACCGCGCACGACAGGGACAUCACCAACCCAGCACUCAAGGAGUUGUUGCAAAUGCUGCAGCAGCUGGCGGACGCGGCAGACGACGUGCUUGAUGAGCUGGACUACUUCCACAUCCAAGACAAGCUCAACGGCACCUACAAUGCCGUUGAUAACCAUCCCAGGGGCUCCAUCCAUAACCUCGGUCUCAAUGUGCGGCACACCGCUAGAGCGGUUGCCAACAAAUUCAGGCUCCCCUCAUGCUUGCGUGAUGCUAGUGGGAGUGAGCUUGACGACCAAGAAGAUGAUGAGGCACAAAACCUGCAGUUUAAUCGUGUGGAAAUGUCUAAACAGAUGGCACACAUUGUACAACAGCUAGAUCCCAUUUGUGCUAAGGUGAAGGAAAUUCUUGAUCUAGAGCUCCGCAAACCUACCCAAGGCAGCAUUGCUAGAAACAGACUGAAAACUACCCCAGCAAUAAUAGAGCCAGAGUUGUUUGGGAGGGAUACCGAGAAAAAGAAUAUUGUAGAGGGCAUUACCCAUGGAAAAUAUUGUGCCGAUGGACUCACCAUGCUUCAUAUUGUUGGCCCAGGAGGUAUUGGGAAGACGACUUUGGCACAACAUGUAUAUCAAGAAGUGAAGAGCUCUUUUGAUGUUAUGAUUUGGGUAUGUGUGUCUCUGAGUUUCGAUGCAAAUAAGUUGGCACAAGAGAUUGUGAAACAAAUCCCAAAGGUCCAUGGUGAGAUGAAAAAUACUAUUGAGGAAGAGCUCAUCGAACAAAGGUUAAAGCAUAAGCGGUUCUUGCUGGUCUUGGAUGAUGUGUGGACAUAUCACGAAGAUGAGUGGAAAAAACUGUUAGCUCCCUUCAGAAAAGGAGAGGCAAGAGGUAAUAUGGUUAUAGUCACUACUCGCAUUCUAGAGACCACAACAAUGAUAAAAACAGUUGAUUACUCGAUAAACCUGGGUCAGUUAGAAACUGAAGAUUUUAUGCAUCUAUUUGAAGCAUAUGUAUUUGGUCACCAACAGUCAUGGAAAAACCAUCCUGGAUUGCUUGAUGUUGGCAGAGAAAUAGUGGUCAAGUUGAAGGGUUUUCCUCUUGCAGCAAAAACUGUAGGUAGAUUACUAAGAAACCAGCUUACAUUGGACCAUUGGACAAGAGUUCUGGAAAGCAAAGAAUGGGAGUUUCAAACCAGCAACUAUGACAUUAUGCCAGCUCUAAAGCUUAGCUAUGAUUAUCUCCCUUUCCAUCUACAAAAGUGUUUUUCCUAUUGUGGUUUGUUUCCUGAAGAUUAUGAGUUUGGUAGCAAAGAGUUGGUUCACUUAUGGAUAGGGUUUGAUAUUCUGGAUACAUGUGAUCAAAGGAAAACACUUGAAGAUGUUGGGCUGUGUUAUUUAAAUGACUUGGUUAAUUGUGGUUUUUUCAAGAAGAAUGGAAAAGAUGAUGGCAGCCCUUGUUAUGUUGUGCAUGACCUAUUGCAUGAGUUGGCAGUGAAGGUUUCAUCAUCAGAUUGUCUUACCAUAUCUAGUUCUAAUGUGAGAUAUGCACAAUCUUCCCCGUCUGUUCGUCAUUUGUCUGUCAUUAUAGAUGAGAGAGAUGUCAAUGAUAAAAUGACCUUUGAGGAUUUUAAGAGGGACUUGAGUACAUUACAUGAAAAGCUGAAAGUUGAAAAUCUACAAACUGUGAUGUUAUUUGGAAAAUUCCAUGGAAGCUUUGCAAAGACUUUCGGUGAUUUGUUUGCAGAAGCAAAAUCCAUUCGUGUUAUUCUUUUGUCUGAGGCAUCUUAUAAUUAUAGUCUGGAGGAUGUGUUCCGCGGCCUUCCGAGAUUUGUCCAUCUUCGCUACCUAAGGAUAACGGGAUAUCUUGCACAAUUAUGUUUGGACAACAAAAUACCAAGAUUUUAUCACCUGAGGAUCCUAGAUGUUCAACGCUGCAAUGUCCACAUUGGUGUUCUCAGAGCAAUGAGCAACCUUGUAAAAUUACGCCAUUUUCUUGUCCAAGGCACCGGUUUUGAAUUAAGGCAGAUAGGACAAUUGAUAGAGCUCGGUGGGUUAAUGAGAAUACAUAACAUUGAGAAUGUUGAACGGAAGGAAGAAGCAAAUGAAGCAAAACUGAUACGCAGAAUCCACUUAGAGAAGCUAGUAUUACAGUGGGGUACUUAUGGACAUGAUAUACAUUCUGUGCAAGAACAUAUUCUUGAAAGUCUCAAACCUCAUUGCGAUCUCCUAGAUCUGCACAUUGGAGGGCAUAGAGGCACAACUUGCCCGUCAUGGCUUGGUGGGAAACUCUCGGUUAAAAAUUUGGAAUCUCUUCGUCUGCAUGAUGUAGGUUGGACAAUUCUUCCACCUCUAGGAGAGUUGUGGUCUGUUGGUGAGCAUGGUGAAGAGCAUCAAAGUUUUAUCCCAAGUCAAAGCUUUCAAAAUCUGAGAAGGCUAGAAUUAGUUAAGAUACCAAGGUUGAGAAAAUGGGUUGAAAAUAACACUUGUCGUUUGUUCCCUCAGCUAGAAGUUCUCAUUGUUAAAGAUUGCUCUGAACUAGUGGAGCUGCCACUUUCAUGCUGUCAAUCAGAGCAAGAGGCGAACAUGACCUGGUUUCCUAGAUUACAGGAACUUGAGAUUACGGAAUGCCCAAAAUUGUUGUCGUUGCCUCCUGUCCCUUGGAACCCUGCCGCAUGCUCUGCCAAGAUAGAGCAGGUAGGAUCUGGUUUAAAACAGCUGAAUUACUCAAAGGGCUACAGUUCGGGGGCAAGUUUAACAAUUACGGGUAAGAAUGGUGAAGAUGGCAUGUUCUGGAAUGUGUUGGCAUUCUCUAAGCUAGCUGAUCUAAAAGUGCUGAAGAUUACGAAUUGUCCUCCUCUGCCACUGGAUCACCUCCAGAAGUUAAAAUCUCUGAAGUCGCUCGAAAUAGAUUACUCGGGUAAUAGCAAUGUCUUGCUGCAGACUGACAGUGAGAGUGACAUCAUAUAUGAGUUACCAAUUGAACGCCUCAGGAUUAGUUCUUGUGGCGCUCGUGAGAAGGAAUUGACACAGUUGCUUUCUCAUUUCCAAUAUCUCAGCGAGCUGGGAAUAACUGAUUGUGAAAAGAUAACAAGUGUUGGUGUGGUGGAGCAGCAGCAGAGGAUAAGAGUAGGGGAGGAAAUAGCAGUGGGAGGAGAAGCUGGACUUUUGCUCCCGUCUUCUCAUCUACAGAAAUUGGACAUCUAUGAGUGCCCAGAGCUGAGCCUGCUCACCAGUUCGCUUCAAGACCUCCGUUCCCUCCACAUACGUGGUUGCCCCAAGUUCCUCUCAUCAUGCACAUGGCUUCUCCUUACCCAUCGCUGCCUCACAGAACUAUACAUUCAUGACACCCACAAAUUAUCCGCCAGUUUGGAGCCCACACGGAUGCACACACACUGCAAACUUCAGAAGCUAGACACAGAUGACCUCACAGGCUUCCUUGUUGUGCCCAUCUGCAGCCUCCUCUCCUCCUCCAUCACCUGUUUGUACCUUGCUCGCGAUCAUGAGAUGGAGCGCUUCACUAAGGAGCAAGAGGAUGCCCUUCAGCUCCUCACCUCACUUCAGGUGCUUAAUUUUGUCGAGUUCGGCAAGCUGCAGUGCCUCCCAGCAGGACUACAUAGACUUUCCAGUCUCAUGACAUUAAGGAUUUACAGCUGUCAGGCCUUCCAGUCGCUGCCGGAGGACCUCCCAACUUCUCUGCAAAAUUUGGUAAUCCACUUCUGCAAUUCCUUCAAAUUGCUGCCCAAUGUCAGCCUCCCAAAUUCUCUGCAAAAUUUAAGGAUCUGGGGCUGCCAUUCCUUGGAGUCGCUGCCCAAGGAUAGUCUCCCAAGUUCACUGCAAGACUUAACGAUCGGUCUUUGUGACGCCUGGAAGUUUCUGCCUGAGGAUGGCCUCCCAUGUUCUCUGAAAAAAUUACAUAUUCAAGCCUGUUGCCUGGAAUCGGUGCCCAAAGAUAUUCUCCCAAGUUCACUGCAAGAAUUAAGGAUCCGUUUUUGUCCCGCUCUGAGAUCACUGCCAGAUAGCCUCCCAAAUUCCCUGCGAGUUUUAGAUGUCGACGGUGGCAACAGUGAGGAGCUAAUGAGGCAAUGCCGCAAGUUGAAAGGAGUCAUUCCAAUAAUCAAAGACUAAUACAAGUGAAUUCAUGUUGUCAUUUGGUGAAACGUCUGGUGUGGAAUCAGAAGGUGACACGUGUGUUAUUGAGUUCUGUCUGCCCAACAUUGUGUGUACUGGAGCAGGGAAUGAACGGGACAGGGCAUAUUUCAACAGGGCCAUGGCUAUCCCCUCCUCCGGUGACGAGGUCACCUCUCCUGCUUCGAUUUGGGUGUGCACUCGCCGCCCCCCAUUCUGGACGACACUCUCGACGACUACGACAUCGAGAGCAUGGAGGGGAAGGAGGAGCACACCACCGGGACGGAGUUGGAGUAUCCCAGGAUGGAGGAGCAUGACGCCGCUGCCGCCGCCGACGAUGACGAGUAGUCCGCCGCCACCGAUGAGUAGUGGUUUUGCAUUUUUUAUACUUCAAUGUAUUAAUUUCUAUCGUCAUAUUUGUAGACACAUCAGAUCAACCAGAGGUGCCCACUGAAGUAAAGGGUUUUUGGAAGGAUCUUUAUCCAAACAUUGAUUCAAACAGGGAAGUAGUAUAUUUGGAAUCCAACCAUCUUAAACAACCA